AUGAAGAUCUCCGCCGUCACCUACUCACUGCUCGCCAGUCAUGUCUAUGCAACCCCCAGCAUGUUCAAGCAGGACAUCAUUCACGGACCCAUAUCACACUUCUCCAGGUCCAAUCACCAUAACUGCUCAGAGGAAGAAUACCAUGCUGGUCGAGUCAAUUAUAGCACUGUCUGGUCUGGAGCCGUCAUUCAUUCGCCCCCAGAAAACGAGCUGUUCAACAGCGUGUCAGCCAGCUUCGUUAUUCCCAAGCCAAGCAUUCCCACCGGCAGUCCUAACGAAGACUUUUACACCGUAGCUGUCUGGGUCGGCAUCGAUGGCGACACGUCCCAGAAUGCUAUCUUACAGACCGGGGUUGACUUGACCAUUGCGAAUGGCCAAGUGUACUAUGAGCCCUGGUACGAGUGGUGGCCGGAUCACUCAUCUACCUUCCCAGAGCACCUUUCCAUCUCUCCAGGCGACGUCGUCAAGGCCACCGUCAGCGCAACCUCGAGCACAUCCGGCUUCGCAAUACUCGAAAACGUCUCCACGGGCCAGCUCGUUUCCAAGUACCUUACCUCUGCUCAUGCUCUUGGACAACAGAAUGCAGAAUGGAUCGUCGAGAAUUAUAUAAUGGGGCCCGCCUCUUCAGGCCAUUUGACGCCUCUUGCGAACUGGAGCAGCAUUGUCUUUACUGAUACGAGGGCGUCAACGCAAAAAUCUUGGCUGGAUGCUUCCAACGCUACAGUUGUCAACAUGAGCCAACAUAGAAGAUUGAUCACAGAAGUCACCAUUGACGGGUCAAGUGUUAUCGACACAUACAUCGCAGGCAGGGCGUCUGACUUGGAAUCUGACCACUCAGGUUGA